GCUCGUUGACUGCAAAUGGCGGAAGAGGACGAAUCGACCAGGACGUGCCGGCCAAUGGUGACGCAUCUAAGGGUGACGCAUCCUCCCAUCAGCUGUUUUUGUUUUGCUGACCGUUAACUUAGUGUGUGAUGUAUCCAGUCUGAGCCUGUCUUCUCUGUCUGCCUGGACCUUCGUCUACUCAGAAUACUGUGAGCGUGGCGUUUGGAUUCGAGGAAGCAGCAGGGGGAUCGACCCGGGCCCAAGGCCUACGACCUAGGCCAGCGAGAGGAGAGCGAAUCUCAUUUAUCGAAUGGAACCCCGGGACAUAGCGGAGGUUCCCGAAGUGGACCGAGGGUUUAUCUGCGCCUCCUUCAACCAGGACACCACGUCUCUGUCAGUGGGAACCAAGUCUGGAUACAGACUCUUCUCAGUCACUGCUGUAGACAAGCUGGACUGCAUCCAUGAAGGAGUGGAAUGUCCGGACGUGUACAUCGUGGAGCGACUCUUCUCCAGCAGCCUGGUGGUGGUGGUCAGUCUAUCCAUGCCCCGGAGAAUGAACGUCUACCACUUCAAGAAGGGUACGGAGAUUUGCAACUACAGCUACUCCAACAACAUCCUCUCCGUCAGACUCAACAGACAGCGGUUGGUGGUGUGUCUGGAGGAGUCCAUCUACAUCCACAACAUCAAGGACAUGAAGCUACUUAAGACCCUGCUCAACACACCCACCAAUCCUUCAGGUCUCUGCGCUCUCUCAGUGAACCACACUAACUCAUACCUGGCGUAUCCCGGCAGCGCCACCAUCGGAGAGAUCACCAUCUAUGACGCAAACAACCUGAGCACCGUCACCUUGAUCCAGGCCCACGACAGCCCCCUUGCUGCCCUCACCUUCAACGCCUCUGGCUCCAAACUGGCCAGUGCCUCGGAGAGAGGAACAGUCAUCAGAGUCUUCAACACACCUGAAGGACAGAGACUGUUUGAGUUCAGACGAGGGAUGAAGAGAUAUGUCAGCAUCAGCUCACUGUCCUUCAGCGCUGAUGCCCAGUUCCUCUGUGCCUCCAGUAACACGGAGACGGUCCAUAUCUUCAAACUGGAGCAGCACAGUCCCAGUCAGGACGAUGAGUCUCCCACCUGGUCGGCGUAUGUUGGUAAAAUGUUCACGGCAGCCAGCACCUACCUGCCCGCUCAGGUGUCUGACAUGAUGCAUCAGGACAGAGCCUUCGCCACAGUUCGCCUCAACAUGUUCGGUCUCAAGAACAUCUGUGCUCUGGCCACGAUUCAGAAGCUUCCACGCCUGUUGGUGGCGUCGUCGGACGGAAAUCUCUACAUCUAUAAUGUCGACCCACAGGAUGGAGGCGAGUGUGUCCUCGUCCAGAAACAUAGGCUGUUUGACUCCAGUGAGGAGCAGCUGGACCAGAAGGAACAAGAGAAACAAGAAGACGUUGCUCCUCCACCGGCUAGCCAAUCGUACGCUGCCACCGUGGCUCUUCCUUCAACCCCACCGUCCUCCACUGCUCUCAUGGGUUACUCUGAAGAUGGUGGAGCCCAGAAAGGCGACGUCAUCCCAGAGCACGAAUUUGCCGAGGGCCCAGUGUGUCUGGACGAUGAGGAUGAGUUUCCUCCAGUUGGCAACCAGAAUAACUGACCAUCACCUGCGUUCCCCUCCCCUCCAAAUGUUUAACCCCCCACAUCCUAAUCUCUAAUCCAGACUACAUUCUUUACCACAGAAAGGUUGGACCAGAAAAUUCCCCUGCUGGCCUCAGGGUAAAAAAAAAAUCAACUUCCUUCUUUUCUCUGAUUCUGUAUUUUUUUGUCUUUAAAAAAGAAACUAAAAUUCCAUAGAAAAAUAUGAAGAACAUUUCAGAAGUUUUGCUUAAGCUGAUUUAGAGUAAACCGCAGACACAGUAUUACCAUGGUAACACAUGACUGAUCCGUGGGAGAAAAAAGGUGGUUCCACGGUAGGAACUAGAACCAGGAACUGGAGACAGGUUCAAGAAGUACUUUAUGUUUAUUUUCACAGAGGUUUUUGAGAAACCAGAUUGAAUAUAAUUUUUUUUCAGCCGCUAAGAAAGACCGUUGUGGAGCUCACCAUUUUUGUACCUGAGGUCUUGCUGACAGACCUGGAGACAAUGACCAUGAACAUUAGGAACUUUUUCCAUGUGAGGCCAGACUCAUUUGCAUCAUCAUUCAAUGUCUUUAUAUAGAAUAGAACUGCAUUUUUUCCACUUGCCAUUUUUUCACAAACCUGUGGUGAAAAGAUGACAACAUUUCCUGUCAAACCUGAGCCAAUCUAAAAAAAUGUUACUGAUGGUCCAAGGAUGAAGCCCAGGUUUUUUUGGAUAAGGAGGGCAUUCAGCAAAACCAGAAGUCAACUGAGCUUUUAUCUUUCUCACAUGUCAGAGGCCUAAAAAUGCAUAAAGUCACAUGACCUAAUUGGUGUGACACCAUAGGAAUCCUUCGUAAACAAGAGGCCUUUGCUUCCUUGAACAUUAAUUCUAAUGCUUAGAGUUCCCAUUUGUUUGUGGCUGAAAUGUGUCUUCAGAGAGCAGGCGUUACAAUAAUGAGUACACACAGGUCUGACCAGGAACCACAGCAAGGCACAAGUUCCACAAAAAAGUACCAGGAUUCAUCUUGAGCACUUUGAUAGUACUUUGUUUGUCUGUUCAGUUUCACGUACUCUUGAAUCACUACUUAGAGAAUUAUGAUCGUGGCAUUUUUUUUUUUUUGACAGAACACAAACAGGUCCUGGGACCUUUAACCAGACAUUCAAUGUGUUGUGAAACAGACACCGUGCUGGUAAUGUGAUGCACUAUUUAAACCCUGAUACAUGCAGUAAGUAUUUGAUGACUUCAAAUGCAGCUGAGCUUCUAAUUAUGGCCAAGGGCGACGUGAGAGACUUGGAUCCAGAAGCUAAAUGUGAAAAAAAAAAUAAAAAAAAAUAACCAUUUUCAGCAGACGCCUUUGUUUUUACGAAACAAGACAUUAAGUAGUACAAUAAACGUGUAGGAUAUCAUCAAUUAUUAAUUUGAUGAAUUGAAUAUUAUUUUUGGUAUUACACAUCAGUUCAUAGUCUGAUCAUGUAUAGCAAUCUGUACGCAGGGUUUUUACUGUGUGUAUACUGUGUAUAUAACAUUUAUAUUGCAUAGAGUACUGGUUGUGAUAAGUACCAUGUCGUACCAUUAAGUUGCCAAAAGGUGGCAGUGUAGGUCACCUUUGGGUAGAUUCAUUAAAGCUGAGAACUGAC